AUGGAACCGUUCACCAUCUCCAUGGAUCCCGACCCCCGGCUCAACCCCGCAGACUCCCAGGACAUCUUCGACGACGUCUGGGGCUCGGCGCCGGGCUCGCCCACCAUCGUCCAGCUGGACGCCCCCUCAGGCGCGCAUCCCUCUGAUAUCCCGAGGCUGCAGGCCGAACACACCACCGCCGGCUACCGCGAGGGCGUCACCGCGGCCAAGGCCACGAGCAUCCAGGAGGGCUUCGACGAGGGCUUCAGCCUCGGCGCCGAAAUCGGGUCCCUCGCCGGCCAGCUGCUUGGUCUCCUCGAGGGCAUCGCCAACGCCCUGGACGGCGGCCGGGAGGAGGCCGUCGCGAAGGAGGCCAGACGGGCUCUGGACGAGGCCAGGGCCGAGCUCAAGCCCGAUUCCAUCUUCGGGGCUAAGUUCUGGAACACCGACGGCACCUGGAAGUUCGAGGUCGAGAAGAAGCCUCAGUCGGGCGAUGAGGAGAUUCUCUUUGCCGACGUGGCUCGUGCCCACCCCCUCGUUCAGAAAUGGACAAAGGCCGUAGACGCCGAGAUCGAGCGAUGGGGCAUCGUCCUCAAUGCCAUCGGCGAUGCUGAGGAGCACGAGAGACAGCCGAGUCCGGAGCGGGUGCCGAGCUCAGCGGUUCCGCAGACGAAGAAGGCGCUCGACUGGUGA